AUGAAUUCGCAGCCCUUAGAUACUACAUUACAAAUACUACAAAUUAACGCUAAUAAUUCUGACUUUGCCCAACAGGAUCUGCUCAACGACCGGUUCGCGGAGCAGUGGGACGUCAUCGUAAUACAAGAACCGUACAAGAAUUUUCUGGGCAACACUCGGGCUACCCACCGCUGGCAUGUAGUGUAUCCC